GCGGCGGUGGCGAAAGCGCCCCCACCCCGGCCCCCUGCGGCCUUUUGGCUGCCCGGGCCGGGAGGCCGCCGAGGAGUCGGCACGGCCGCGCUGCUGGUCUGACAGAAGCAUCCUAAGAUCUUGGUGUCUGGACAUAAGAGUUAUCUUCACCAGUUGUGAAGCACAGCAUCUUUCAAGCCACUGUAGAAAUGGACAAAGAAGAAAAAAAGACUAUCAACAAGGGUCAAGAAGAUGAAAUGGAGAUUCAUGGCUAUAACUUAUGCCACUGGAAGCUCGCCAUUGUUUUUGUGGGAGUGAUUUGUACUGGUGGUUUUCUCCUCCUCCUCCUCUACUGGAUGCCUGAGUGGCGAGUGAAAGCCACGUGUAUUAGAGCUGCAGUUAAAGACUGUGAAGUGGUGCUACUCAGGACCACUGAUGAAUUUAGAAUGUGGUUUUGUGCAAAAAUUCACUUUCUUCCUCUGGAAACUCAACCAAAUUUGAAUGCAAAAUCUUUAGUUAAUAAGAUUUCUAAUGGCCAUGCUGUUCACUUAACUGAGAGUCUGACUGAAGAAAAUAGAUGCGAGAUGAACAAAUUCUCACAGACUCAGUCACAACAGAUGCGUUAUUUUACCCACCAUAGCAUAAGAUAUUUCUGGAAUGAUGCCAUUCACAAUUUUGAUUUCUUAAAGGGACUGGAUGAAGGUGUUUCUUGUACAUCAAUUUAUGAAAAGCAUAGUGCAGGACUGACAAAGGGGAUGCAUGCCUACAGAAAGUUGCUUUAUGGAGUAAAUGAAAUUGCUGUGAAAGUGCCUUCUGUUUUUAAGCUUCUAAUUAAAGAGGUUCUCAACCCAUUUUACAUUUUCCAACUGUUCAGUGUUAUCCUGUGGAGCAUUGAUGAAUACUAUUACUAUGCUCUAGCCAUUGUGAUUAUGUCCAUAGUAUCUAUUAUAAGUUCAUUAUAUUCCAUUAGAAAGCAAUAUGUUAUGUUACAUGACAUGGUGGCAACUCAUAGUACUGUGAGAGUUUCAGUUUGUAGAGUAAAUCAAGAAAUAGAAGAGAUCUUUUCUACGGACCUUGUGCCAGGAGAUGUCAUGAUCAUUCCAUUAAAUGGGACAGUCAUGCCUUGUGAUGCAGUACUUAUUAAUGGUACUUGCAUUGUAAACGAAAGCAUGUUAACAGGAGAAAGUGUUCCAGUGACAAAGACUAAUUUGCCAAAUCCUUCCGUGGAUGUCAAAGGACUGGGGGAGGAGUUAUACAGCCCAGAGACACAUAAGCGCCACACUUUGUUUUGUGGGACGACUGUUAUUCAGACCCGUUUCUACACCGGAGAACUUGUGAAAGCCAUAGUAGUUAGGACAGGAUUUAGUACUUCCAAAGGACAGCUUGUUCGUUCUAUACUGUAUCCCAAGCCAACUGAUUUUAAACUCUAUAGAGAUGCCUACUUGUUUCUACUAUGUCUUGUGGUAGUGGCUGGCAUUGGUUUUAUCUACACAAUCAUCAAUAGCAUUUUAAAUAAGAAAGAAAUUCAGGAAAUAAUUAUUAAGUCUCUUGAUAUCAUUACAAUUACUGUACCACCUGCACUUCCUGCUGCAAUGACUGCUGGGAUUGUAUAUGCUCAGAGAAGACUGAAAAAAGUUGGAAUUUUCUGUAUUAGUCCCCAGAGGAUAAAUAUCUGUGGACAGCUGAAUCUUGUUUGCUUUGACAAGACUGGAACUCUUACCGAAGAUGGUUUGGAUCUGUGGGGGAUUCAGCGAGUGGAAAAUGCCCGGUUUCUUUUACCAGAAGACAAUGUUUGCAGUGAGAUGUUGGUAAAAUCUCAGUUUGUUGCUUGCAUGGCUACUUGUCAUUCUCUUACAAAAAUUGAAGGAGUUCUUUCUGGUGACCCACUUGAUUUGAAAAUGUUUGAAGCCAUUGGAUGGCUCCUUCUGAAGACAACAGGCUGCUCAUAUCUACUCUUUUAUUCUACUUCCAAGUUCUUUCUCUCCUCACUCAAAGGUUGCCAGAUUUUGGAAGAAGCAACUGAAGAAGAAACAGCCCUUCACAACCGAAUUAUGCCCACUGUGGUUCGUCCUUCCAAACAGCUGCUUCCCGAGUCUACAACUGCAGGAAACCAAGAAAUGGAGCUGUUUGAACUUCCAGCUAUUUAUGAGAUAGGAAUUGUUCGCCAGUUCCCAUUUUCUUCUGCUUUACAACGGAUGAGUGUGGUUGCAAGGGUACUAGGUGAUAAGAAAAUGGAUGCCUACAUGAAAGGAGCCCCUGAGGUCGUUGCCAGUCUUUGUAAACCUGAAACAGUUCCAGUUGAAUUUGAAAAAGUUUUAGAAGAUUAUACCAAACAAGGCUUUCGUGUAAUUGCUCUUGCACACAGGAAAUUGGAGUCAAAACUGACAUGGCAUAAAGUACAGCAUAUUAAUAGAGAUGCCAUUGAAAACAACAUGGAUUUUAUGGGAUUGAUUAUAAUGCAGAACAAGUUAAAGGAGGAAACCCCUGCAGUACUUGAAGAUUUGCAUAAAGCCAACAUUCGUACUGUCAUGGUAACAGGUGAUAACAUGUUGACGGCCGUCUCUGUGGCCAGAGACUGUGGGAUGAUUCUACCUCAGGAUAAAGUUAUUAUUGCUGAAGCAUUACCUCCAAAGGAUGGAAAAGUUGCCAAGAUCAAUUGGCAUUAUACAGACUCCCGGACACAGUGUACUGAAUCAGCAAUUGACUCAGAGGUUAUUCCAAUUAAACUUGCCCACGAUAGCUUAGAGGAUCUUCAGUUAACUCGCUACCAUUUUGCGAUGAAUGGAAAGUCAUUUUCAGUGAUACUGGAACAUUUUCAAGAUCUUGUUCCUAAGUUGAUGUUGCAUGGCACCGUGUUUGCUCGAAUGGCACCAGAUCAGAAGACACAGUUGGUGGAAGCAUUGCAGAAUGUAGAUUACUUUGUUGGGAUGUGCGGUGAUGGUGCAAAUGAUUGUGGUGCUUUGAAGAGAGCACAUGGAGGCAUUUCCUUAUCUGAGCUUGAAGCUUCUGUGGCAUCUCCCUUUACUUCUAAGACACCUAGUAUCUCCUGUGUGCCAAACCUCAUCAGGGAAGGCCGUGCUGCUUUAAUGACAUCCUUCUGUGUGUUUAAAUUUAUGGCAUUAUAUAGCAUCAUACAGUACUUCAGUGUUACUCUCCUGUAUUCUAUCCUGAGUAACCUGGGAGACUUCCAGUUUCUCUUCAUUGAUCUGGCAAUCAUUUUGGUAGUAGUAUUUACAAUGAGUUUAAAUCCUGCCUGGAAAGAGCUUGUGGCACAGAGACCACCUUCCGGCCUUAUAUCUGGGGCGCUCCUCUUCUCCGUCUUGUCUCAGAUUAUCAUCUGCGUUGGAUUUCAGUCGCUGGGUUUUUUCUGGGUCAAGCAGUAUAAAGUGUGUGAUCCAUAUUCAGAUGUUUGUAAUACAACAAGAAGUGCGUGUUGGAACUCAUCACACUUAUACAAUGGAACUGAACUCGAUACAUGUAAAAUACAAAAUUAUGAAAAUACCACAGUGUUUUUUAUCUCCAGUUUUCAGUACCUCACAGUGGCAGUUGCCUUUUCAAAAGGAAAACCAUUCAGGCAGCCUUGCUACAAGAAUUAUUUUUUCGUUAUAUCUGUGAUUAUUUUGUAUGUUUUCAUAUUAUUCAUCAUGUUGCAUCCAGUUGCCUCUGUUGACCAGGUUCUUGAGAUUAUGUGUGUACCAUACCAGUGGCGAAUAUAUAUGCUUAUCAUUGUUGUUAUCAAUGCCUUCGUGUCUAUCACGGUGGAGAGCUUCUUCCUUGACACGGUCCUUUGGAAGGUUGUGUUCAAUCGAGACAAACAAGGAGAGUGUCGUUUCACCACCACACAGCCACCACAGGAGUCAGUGGAUCGAUGGGGAAAAUGCUGCUUGUCCUGGGCCCUAAGCUGUAGAAAGAAGACACCGAAAGCAAAGUACAUGUACCUGGCUCAGGAGCUCUUGUUUGAUCCUGAAUGGCCGCCUAAGCCUCAGACAACGACGGAAGCCAAAACUGUAGUAAAGGAGAAUGGAUCAUGUCAGAUCAGCACCAUAGCAUAGCCAAGACUGUCUCUGCUGUGCUAGUGACAGUAUUCAGAAGUAUGACCCUGGGUGUCAGAAUAGCACUGUUCAGUUUAUAUCCCUCUCAUAAUACAAUAGUCAAUUAAAAAAACAAAACAGUAAAUGUCAUUUGCCUCACAGUUAGUUAAUAACUAUAAAUCUGGCUUAUAUGUUCAUGCAGUAACCUAAGUAUGAUAUAUACGUUAUAUUGGGUAUAAGAGGGCUAUGUUUGGGGUUUUAGAUUUUAGCUUUUAACACUUGUUUGCCUCUUUAAAUUUAAUUUUCACAAACUUCCUUAUUCAAAAGUUCUUUUACAUGUAGGCCCUAAAAUUGUGAUCACUAAAAUAAUAUAGUUGUUAAUUGUAAUUAGCCUUCAGUGAAAAUAGGUUGAAAGCCUAUUUUGAUCCAGUGUUUCUCCCAAAGAAUUCUGUUAAAUAUACACCAGUUUCCUUUUAUGAUCUGGAGUUAGGAGUGAGUUUGUGUGUUGUUAUUAUUGUUAAUAGAGCAACUCAGGUAAUUUUCAUUUCUGCUUUUAUAUUCUCUGUGUAGCCUGCCUGGGUGUCACUUUCUAGCCAGCAAGGUGCUCCACUGCUGUCUUGAUGUCCUUCAUAGCGUUCCCGGGAUCCCAUGCUGUGUCUGCAGUCAGCAGUCUAGUUAAGCAAAGAAUUCUUCAACUAGAAAGGUUUUUUUUUCUGAGCCAUGCAUGGUGGUGCAGGCCUAUAUUCCUCCAGAGGAGGCUGAGACAGGAGGAUUGUUCUUAGUCUAAGGAUAGCCUAGAAUAGAUGGUAAAGCCCUGUCUUAGAAUACAUGCGUGCAGAAAGAUUGAGGUUGAUUAUUUUUCUUGGCAAUAAAACUCAUUCAUAUUUCUUCAAACCUAUUAUUUUUCUUUGAAGACUUCUAUCAUUUUAAAUGGUUUCAUUAUAUUUCUCUUUUUAACUUAAAUGAGUGUGACAGUGCUAUUUUUGGUUUUGUUUUGUUUUGAGUUAGACCUUAACGCUCUUUGGUUAGUGAGGCUAAAAGGAUAGUGAAUAUUGAUGAAUUUGAAUGACUUUCAAAGUGAUGUAAACUUGUAGGGCUUGUUUCAUGCCAUUAGGUGGCACCAGAGGUUAUCACAUACCUAUUUUGUUACAAGCGAGCUUGAGAAAAUAAAGAGUAUACAUUUAUUGAGCCAAAAGAAAUGUAGAAAGCAUUUUUCACAUUUGUGUUUUAUCUGACUAAUGUUCAGUUCUCAAGGAACCUUCACAAAGCCUUCCUAGGUAGGACCUGGCAGUUUGGCAGUGCCCAGCUUAGGAAACUGGCAUUGCUUUAAGAUGGACCCUAAUAGCAAACCAAUGUGACAUUAUUCUAUGUUCUUAACUAACCACAUGUGUAUGCUUUCCACUGCUAGUUGAUCAUUACUUUCCUUGUACAUACUUAACUAGUUUACCAAAUGUUACCCAUAUUUGUAGACCCAUUUCUCUCUCUCUCUCUCUCUCUCUAUCUAUCUCUCUCUUUUUUUUUUUAUGUUGCAAAGACCUGAAUGAUGUUUGAUAAUUGUAGAAAAAGUAAAUUAUUCUCAGGAUCACUGUUACUGCUAUUGCCACUAGUGAUUCUUAUAAAAUACAUAACUGAAUUUUUCCAACAAAAUGUAUAUUGCUAUAUGUUAGAUAAUAAGAACAAUUGUCCCAUGAAUGAUUCUAUGAAGCUAUGCAUCUUAGACCUCUUGAGCUGUGAAUUAGCACUAUUUUCUAUAGUUAUUCUCUGUUUUAUACUUUCCAUGUUCAUUUCAAAUAAUGCUCAUGUUAUUCUUAAAUGAUUUUCUGAAUUGUUAGGUCGUAUUCUUUGGUUUAAAUACUGAAGCAUAUAAUUAAUUGCAAACUACAGCUUAGAAACCCAGUAUCAGUUUAUAUAACAUCUUUAAGAGCAUGAUCGUAAAGGCUAUUUUUGACACAUAAUUUUGACAUUUAUAGUUGAUAAGGGAUAUCUCAUCUAUUCAUACUGUUUUCAAAGGAACAAGGUUUUAUGUAGGUGACAGAAAGCAUUUGUAGGAAGUUAGAUUUGAACAUAGACAGGGUAGGUAAUUCCAGUUGAGAAUGUUGUUUGAAGAAUGUUUGUAAAUCCAGACAUGGGUCCUGCUUAGUGCCAUAGGUAGAUUGAGUCUUCUGUAGGUCAUUACAUAGUAAGUUUGGUUCUGAAUUUUACAUUAAAUUAUUUGAGUAUAUAUAGCCCUAAAUUUUAAAAUCUGUACAUAUAUUAUUUUGAUGUAUUAAGAUUGAUAAUAUUGCUGAUUUAAAUUUUAUUUAUGCACAUACUUAAGGACAGAAAUGUCCGGGAAAGUAAUUGUUAAAUAAUGAUAUGUAACUUUUUAACUUUUUAAAUAAAUAACAAGAUUUUUUUAAUGUGGGUCUCCCUCAGGGUUGUUUCAAGUUGUUUGUUUUCCUCCCUCAAAUAUAAAUAAAUAGUGGUAACUAUGUUUUCUAUCUUCCAGCACCAACUGCUGUAAAGCAAUGCUGCAAAUAGUGCUUGGGUGAGAGUGGUGAAACCAACAACAAACCAGUACUUUUUUAAGUUUUAUAAGCCUGAAAUUCGAAAGCUUCCCAAAUUGCACCUUCAUUUAAGCAAACCUAUUAUUUUUAUACUAUUUAUUUUGUUUCCCAUGUUGAUGAAAGUGCUGUGGUUUCAAAGGCAUGGUAAAUAAUGUGUCAUUCACGUGUUAUCUGUUCCAAAAGCAGCAAAAGCUCAUAUCCAGUGAAGAACAACUUCAAACUUUAGAGAAUAUCUGUUCUCUCAUGCAUGCAGUUUGAUGUAUCGAAGAAAAGGGUUUUGUGUAUUUUUGGUGGGAGGCUACUGGGAACUUUUAACAAGAUAGGGUAUUAACUUUUGUACAGUCUUGGCAUUUACACAUAUUUUUAAUGUAUUACAAUUUGGUAAUUAUGUGCACAUGAAAUUAAUAAAAGUUACUUCUUGUUAUGAUUUGUGAAUUCCCUAAGGCAGUGAAUUUUUUAAGUAACUUUAUAUAUCAGAAAUGAUACAUCUUUAUAUUUUUAAGAUUGUAUUGCUGCUCAAGAAUGGUACCCUGUUGUCAAAAAGGUAGAUAUUCAUAAUUGUACAUUCAGCAUUGUAAAUAACCUUAUAAUCUUUUUUGAUUGAAGCUAUUCAAAAUAAAAAAAAAAUUUGAUGAAGUAAA